UGCGAUUGCCAUUUAAAUAUACGUGUUAUUCUUGUCUUCGUUUCUUGCACUCUUCUUUUUAUCUACCUUUGUUCUUGCCUUGUUCAAGUCAUCCCGUCUCGAAAUUCAUCUUCAAUUCUGCUGUUUGCCAAGUGAAUCUUCCGAUUUUUUUGUUAGAUUAAUUGAUUGCUUAAUUACUGCGCAUAUUCAUUUUCUUUCUGAAAAUUGUUGAUAAUUUGACUAGGGAUAUAUGGGGAGGGUGUUUGCUGUGACUCUUGAGGGAAAGAUCUAUAGUUGCAAGCACUGUGGAACUCAUCUAGCGCUUGAUGAUGAUAUCGUCUCCAAGUCUUUCCAUAGCAGGCACGGAAAGGCUUAUCUCUUCAGUAAAGUAGCAAAUGUAACGCUUGGCGAGAAGGAAGAGAGAAUGAUGAUGACUGGAUCACACAUCGUUGUAGAUAUAUUCUGCGUCCAAUGUGGUUCAACUGUUGGAUGGAAAUAUGAAACUGCUCGCGAAAAGAGUCAAAAGUACAAAGAAGGAAAAUCUGUUCUUGAGCGGUUUAAGAUAUCUGGGCCGGAUGGAAGCAAUUAUUGGGUUAGCCACGGACCACAUUUAGGAGGAAGUGAUGCUGAUGAUGUCUGAAUCAGUGGGUUGUUCCUAAUCUCAUCGUCAUCUUCAAUUGUACAUUCGUAAACCUCUUCAUAUUCUUCUUCUUUGACUCUGCUUCUGAAUUGAUGAUUGGAUGGACCGUUACCGUCGGAUUAACGUCUCGUUUGCUGUUGUUACGUGGUUCGUUUAGAUUCCGAUGGCAUUUAAUUUCUCAAGGAACUGACAUUGUUCAUUAGGUCUUCAUGUGUAGUUUAUGUUGAGCAUGAGCUGAUGUCUUAGUUUCAUGAUUAUGUGAGUGCCUUUGGUUUGAAUUGGACAUAUAUAUGUACAAAUAAUAAAAUAUUAAUUUGAUGCACUUUGUUGUUA